AUGGCUCAACCGGCAGAGAAAGCUUUUGGUGUGACACACAUCAAGUCUUACAUUCCCUUGGUCCUUGAUAUGCAGAAGAUGAACUAUGAUGAGUGGCGUGAACUAUUUGAGACUCACUGUCUCAGCUUCAGUGUUUCUGGUCAUCUCGAUGGAACCUCGGUACCUGCAACUCCUCAAGACACGGCCUGGAAAGAGCGUGAUGGUCUGGUCAAAAUGUGGAUCUAUGGAACGAUCUAUCCUUCUCUUCUCGACACGGUCCUCAAAUCGCGUUGCACUGCUCGUGAGCUUUGGGUCACUAUCGAAAACUUGUUCCGUGAUAAUAAGGAAGCCCGAGCAAUUCAACUAGAGAACGAGCUGCGAUCCUUCACGAUUGGUGAUCUCUCUGUUCAUGACUAUUGUCAAAAACUCAAGUCAAUAUCUGAUUUGCUUGCUAAUGUCGACUCUCCUAUCACUGAGCGCUCGUUGAUGAUACAUAUGCUGAAUGGGCUUUCUGACAAAUUUGAUAACAUUCACAAUGUCAUCAAACACAAGUCACCAUUCCCCUCGUUUGGUGCUGCUCGGUCUAUGCUGCUUCUGGAGGAAGAGCGUCUCAACAAACCCUCCAAACAGGCAACUUCUGCUCCUCUUGGUACCUCUACACCUCAUCUGCUGUACACCGCCGCAGGUCCAUCAACGCCUCCGUCAUCUCAUGCGACCGACAAUCGCAAUUCAUCUCCGCAACACUUUCCUCCUCAAACCAACUGUGGACAUCAAAACAGAGGACGUUGUCGUGGUCGCAACAACGGUUACCGUGGACGUGGUCGACACAACAAUCACCACAACAUUAACAACUCAUGGAUGCCGCAACAACCAUCGUACUGGCCAGCUCCACCCCACCAGCAACCGUGGACUCAACAACAGUGGCGUCCAUCUCCAAUGGCGUAUCAUGUUUCCACUACUUUGCCUCACAACAAUGGUAUUCUCGGGGCGUAUCCUUCCUCGGUGCCAACUGGACCUCCGAUGCCAACUGCAAUUCCGCCAAACAUUGCUCAAGCCUUCGGCACCAUGACGCUGCAGAAUCCGCAGGAUUCCAAUUGGUAUAUGGAUACCGGCGCCACAGCACACAUCACAGCUUAG